UUCUUCAGAGUAAGAGAUAUUAGAUAUGGCGUGAAUAAGUGGGACUGUUCAGAACACCCCCCACACAGAAAUACAAAGAAAUGUCGAAAUGAAAAAAAAUAUGAGUUUUCACAGAAGAAAUCUAAACAAAGAGUGGGAAAGAAAUGAAAAGAAAACGAAAGCCCAAAAAAUCCACAGCUGUAGAUUCAUGUCUUUUAGCGUUGAACAACUUUGAUCGACAUCAUAUGUGUGUGUAUAUUUAUAUAACUUGUGGGGUUAUUGCGGCCUUUUUUUAUGUUAUGGUUUUGAGAGUCGUCUUUGUCUUUCAUCCUAUCUUCUUGCCUGUUUUCUCUCUGUCUUCCAUUAUUAUAAUAAUCUUUGUCUUUGCAGCGAGUAUGUGUGUGUGUGUGGGGGGUGGGGCUCAAUGAACGAGGUUGAGGAUUGUUAUUCCCAUUUUGGGUUCCUUUCCUACCUUCUUUUCCUACUCUCUAUUUCUCAUUUGUCCUUCCACGUUCCAUCACUUCAAUAUCUCUCUGAAGCACACAGAUUAUAUUUUUAUUAUAUUAUAUAUUUUGUCAUUCUGUUACUGACCCUGUUUUUUACUUGCAGGUAAUAACAAACAAACACACUUUUGCUCAUUCAUUUUUCCGCUUAAAUUGGCAAAAUAUGAAUCACUUUUCAAUUUAGUCUCUCUCGCUCUCUCUCUCUCUCUCUCUCUCUCUCUCUCUCUCUCUCUCUCCCAACUUUCCCAAACUCUUUCUCUUUUCUCUGUUUUGUUCAUAUCCUUCUCAGCUCUGCUAUCUUUAUUUUCCAAAAAGGAAGAUGAAAAUGAGUUAUAGUAGUCAUGGUUAUUUCCUUUGCAACCAUCGUUUUGGCUCUUUCUUUUCCAUUUCUCUUCUCGUUCUCAUGGUUCUGAGCUCUGCCCAGUUGAGAUUUGUGGCUGAAGGCAGAGCAAUUUCCAAACGCAUUGUUUUCACUCAGCAGACAGCAAGUGAAAACAAGGCAAUUGUAAGAGCACAGAUAGGUUCAAGGCCUCCAAGGUGUGAGAGAAGGUGCAGCUCAUGUGGUCACUGUGAAGCUAUUCAGGUACCAGCAAACCCACAAGUCAAAGCAGGGAACAAAUCCAACUCUUCAAUGAUGGUCAACAUAGCUUAUGCCAGAGGAGAUGAUAACUCCAAUUACAAGCCCAUGAGUUGGAAAUGCAAAUGUGGCGACUUCAUCUUCAACCCCUGAUCAAAACAACUUUCUUAGGAUAUAUAUAUAUAUUUUUGUUUCUUUUUCCAGUGAAGAAUUAAUACUAAAUUUUGAACGCUGGAAAAGAAUGAUACCUUUUCAAAAUAAAAUAAUUCUCUUAGAUCUUUCUUCUUGGGAUCCAUGAAUUCCUACUAGCUCUUCUAGGCUUUGAAGUAUGAUAACCUCAUGUGGUUUAUGCAAUGUUGGAUAAUGUUGCAAAAAUAUCAUUUUCAUUCUUUUGCAGAGAUCACUUUGUAGUUUUGAAUGCUGAUGUGAGUAUGUACAUAUAUAUAUAUAUAUAUUUCUUGUUUAUAAUUU